AUGAAAAUAUUAAUUGUAUUUUUAUUUGCGAUUGUUGUCACUAAUACAGACUUGAGCACUUCUGAUUUAUUUAUCAAUUAAAUAGAUCUGAUGAGGAAAAUAAGACAGCAAGUAUAUUAAAAUAUUAAGGUAGUAGGAAAACAAAAAAGUUAUCUUAAUAAAUAUUCAAACAUCUCAUUAAGAUAACGAAAUAUUCUAAAGCAAAUUACUCCAAAAAAUAGAAAGUUUAAAGAAUUAUUAAAAAAUUGUUAAAAUCUAAAUCCACUUUUGUUUCCCCAUUUGUUGAUUAUUCUCCAAUCCAGUUUACUUAAGGACUCUAAAAGGAUAAUUUAGUAAUUUUCUUUAUUUAUUUAAGAUUGAAGUAUAAAAUAUCCCAAUCAACUUUUAAAAUUUGAGGGCUCUUGAUAAAUUUGCUUAACAAUAAGAUGCUAUCUUAAUUGUGAUAUUCUCAAAAAUAUCUUCAAAUGUAUAGGUUUUAGAAGAAAUUACUGAAACUUCAGAAGUAUAUAUUUAUAUAUCAUUAUAUAGCCCUCUGAUUAUAUUAUAGCUGUUGAGUUGGCUAAUGAGAAUGUAUUAUCUAUAUAUGCUGUAAAAAUAAUUAUUAUAU